AUGAAGUUCGGCACGACACUGCGCAAGAGCGUGUAUGCGCCGUGGAAGGACAAGUACAUCGACUACGACAAGCUCAAGAAGCUGCUCAAGGACAACGAGGAUGACGAUUCCUGGACCGCCGACGACGAGAGCGCGUUUGUUGACGAGCUGGCCAACGUGCAAUUGGAGAAGGUGCACAACUUCAUCACGGACAUUUCGCAGAAGCUGCGCGACCGCACGACGGCAUGCGAGAAGAAGCUGGAGCCAUUGGCCAUAGGCAUCCAGGCGGAGGGCAAGGAAGAGGCCAAGGACGGCCAGGAGAAGAAGGAGAGCAAUGGUGAGGGCUUGUUUGGCGACGCGUCAGGCGAAGCGUCCAAGAAACCCGAGCCCAGCCAGCAGGAGAGGGACAAGAUCCUCAAGGAAGUCCUGCGCGAGCUCGACAACAUCACCAAGGAGACCAAGGAGCUCGAGAGCUUCAGCCGCAUCAACUUCACCGCCGUCAUCAAGGCCACCAAGAAGCACGACAAGAUCCGCGGCAGCUCCUACCGCCUGCGGCCCUUUAUCGAUGCGCGCAUUGCCCGCCACCCGCUGCACACCGAGGAUGCCUCGCCGCUGCUGUACAGGUUGUCGGCGCUGUACUCUUUUGUCCGACAGAGCCUCGAGGGCAAGUCCAAGGAGGCCUUGUCCUUUGGCGAGACCAGCACGGAUGGCGAGGGCUUCACCUCGCACAAGUUCUGGGUCCACAUGGACAACCUCUUCGAAGUCAAGACCGUCAUCCUCCGCCGUCUCCCUGUCCUCGUCUACAACCCCAUGUCGUCCAAGGUCGCCGAGGGCACCCAGCGCGACCCUACCAUCACGUCCAUUUACUUUGACAACCCCAACUUCUCCCUCUACUCGGACAAGGUCAAUGGCAAGCCCGAUGCCUCCUCGCUGCGACUCCGGUGGUACGGACAGCUCGGUGAGAAGCCAGAGAUCAUGUUCGAGAAGAAGGUCAUCAAGGACGGCAACGCUGCCGAAGAAGUCCGCUUCCCAAUCAAAGCCAAAUAUGUACAAUCCUUCCUUGAGGACAAGUACCACAUGGAGAAGAGCAUCGAGAAGAUGGAAUACCGCCCCAACAAGAACCAAGAGGAGGUGGACAACUUCAAGAAGGCUGUAACAGACAUCCAGAGCUUUGUCAAGGAGCAGAAGCUGCAGCCAAUGCUGCGCGCCAACUACACCCGCACCGCGUUCCAGAUCCCCGGCGACAACCGCGUGCGCAUCUCCCUAGACACCAACCUCGCCCUGAUCCGCGAAGACGCCCUCGACGACGACAGACCCUGCCGCGACCCCGAAGACUGGCACAGGCGCGACAUCGACAACGGGCAGAUGGAGUUCCCCUUCAAGGCGCUCAAGAAGGGCGAGCUCCACAAGUUCCCCUACGCGCUCCUCGAGAUCAAAGUCAAGGGCCUGAAGAAGUACGAGUGGAUCGAAGAUCUCAUGCACUCGCACCUGGUCAAAGAAUCCCCCCGCUUCUCCAAGUUCGUCCACGGCGUAGCCAAGCUCUUCGAAGACAACGUCAACACCUUCCCCUUCUGGCUCAGCGAAGUCGACAACGACAUCCGCAAAGAACCCGAAGCCGCCUUCGACCAGGAACAAGAAAAGAAGCGCAAAGCAGCCGAGGACGAAUUCGCCGUCGGCUCCCUCUUCGGCGCGCGCGCAAGCCCCAGCUACCGCGCCUCCAUCGCCUCGCCCGUCGGCUCACCAGCCGCAACACGGUCGUCCGUCCCCAAGAGCGCCUCCGCAGCCGCCCACUCCAUGCCCGUCACCAAACCCCCCUUCCCCACAAUCGGAUCCCACCUCUCCCAGCGCUCACACCGCGACACAGACACAACCAACGCGCGCAUAAACGAAGAACCCGAUUCCGACGACGAAAACACGCUUCUGCUUGCUGGAAACGGAAAGCAGCCCAAGAGCGGCGGUCUCGCCUCCCUCUUCCCUUCCUUCUCCACCUCGAAAUACGCGCGCAAACAACAGCGCGCUAUACAGCUCCCGCCUGGCAUCCGGGACCCAGGUGUCUGGAUCAAAGACCAAGGUCCCGUGCGUGUAGAAGCCAAAGUCUGGCUCGCGAACCAACGUACCUUUAUCAAAUGGCAGCAUGUUAGCGUCCUGCUCGCCUCGUUGUCACUGGGUCUUUACAAUGCCGCCGGCGAAGGCAACGAUAUCGCCCGCGCGCUUGCGGUCGUGUAUACCUGCAUUGCGGCUUUCACGCUCGCUUGGGGGUAUACGAUGUAUAUCUACCGCGCGAGACUUAUCAGGGAAAGGAGCGGUAAGGACUUUGAUGCUAUCACGGGUCCGCUGGUGGUUUGUGUGGGGUUGGCGGUGGCGUUGUGUUUGAACUUUGGGUUUAAGUAUAAUGCUCUUGUUAAGGAAAGACAACACCAUCUCCACCACCAUCACGGCGCUGGUAGUGUUGUUAAUGCUAGUUUUGGGGCUGAACAGAUGGAACUUAGGGUUUGA